GUUCGGACACCGCCCCCCGCCCCCGCCGGACGGUCCCGCCCCGCGCGCCCCCCGCUCCCGCCCCGCGCGCCGCCGGAGUUCCGCGGAGUUGACCCGGUCGGCGCUGUCGGUCCUGAGCGCUGCCUUCCGCGUUCCGCCGCGGUCCCACCUGGCGCCCCCGCCCUGCGCCAUGGCCGGAGCUCCCGGGGCGCAGCGCUGACGGCGGCCGGGGGAGCGCGCCAUGCCCAGCAGGACCGGCCCCAAGAUGGAAGGGACUGGCGGCCGCGUCCGCCUCAAGGCGCAUUACGGGGGGGACAUCUUCAUCACCAGCGUGGACGCCGCCACGACCUUCGAGGAGCUCUGCGAGGAAGUGAGAGACAUGUGUCGUCUGCACCAGCAGCACCCGCUCACCCUCAAGUGGGUGGACAGCGAAGGUGACCCUUGCACGGUGUCCUCCCAGAUGGAGCUGGAAGAGGCUUUCCGCCUGGCCCGUCAGUGCAGGGACGAAGGCCUCAUCAUUCAUGUUUUCCCGAGCACCCCUGAGCAGCCUGGCCUGCCGUGUCCGGGAGAAGACAAAUCUAUCUACCGCCGGGGAGCCAGAAGAUGGAGGAAGCUGUACCGUGCCAACGGCCACCUCUUCCAAGCCAAGCGCUUUAACAGGAGAGCGUACUGCGGUCAGUGCAGCGAGAGGAUAUGGGGCCUCGCGAGGCAAGGCUACAGGUGCAUCAACUGCAAACUGCUGGUCCAUAAGCGCUGCCACGGCCUCGUCCCGCUGACCUGCAGGAAGCAUAUGGAUUCUGUCAUGCCUUCCCAAGAGCCUCCAGUAGACGACAAGAACGAGGACGCCGACCUUCCUUCCGAGGAGACAGAUGGAAUUGCUUACAUUUCCUCAUCCCGGAAGCAUGACAGCAUUAAAGACGACUCCGAGGACCUUAAGCCAGUUAUCGAUGGGAUGGAUGGAAUCAAAAUCUCUCAGGGGCUUGGGCUGCAGGACUUCGACCUAAUCAGAGUCAUCGGGCGCGGGAGCUACGCCAAGGUUCUCCUGGUGCGGUUGAAGAAGAAUGACCAAAUUUACGCCAUGAAAGUGGUGAAGAAAGAGCUGGUGCAUGAUGACGAGGAUAUUGACUGGGUACAGACAGAGAAGCACGUGUUUGAGCAGGCAUCCAGCAACCCCUUCCUGGUCGGAUUACACUCCUGCUUCCAGACGACAAGUCGGCUGUUCCUGGUCAUUGAGUACGUCAACGGUGGGGACCUGAUGUUCCACAUGCAGAGGCAGAGGAAGCUCCCUGAGGAGCACGCCAGGUUCUACGCGGCCGAGAUCUGCAUCGCCCUCAACUUCCUGCACGAGAGGGGGAUCAUCUACAGGGACCUGAAGCUGGACAACGUCCUCCUGGAUGCGGACGGGCACAUCAAGCUCACAGACUACGGCAUGUGCAAGGAAGGCCUGGGCCCUGGUGACACAACGAGCACUUUCUGCGGAACCCCGAAUUACAUCGCCCCCGAAAUCCUGCGGGGAGAGGAGUACGGGUUCAGCGUGGACUGGUGGGCGCUGGGAGUCCUCAUGUUUGAGAUGAUGGCCGGGCGCUCCCCGUUCGACAUCAUCACCGACAACCCGGACAUGAACACAGAGGACUACCUUUUCCAAGUGAUCCUGGAGAAGCCCAUCCGGAUCCCCCGGUUCCUGUCCGUCAAAGCCUCCCAUGUUUUAAAAGGAUUUUUAAAUAAGGACCCCAAAGAGAGGCUCGGCUGCCGGCCACAGACUGGAUUUUCUGACAUCAAGUCCCACGCGUUCUUCCGCAGCAUAGACUGGGACUUGCUGGAGAAGAAGCAGGCACUCCCUCCAUUCCAGCCACAGAUCACGGACGACUACGGUCUGGACAACUUUGACACACAGUUCACCAGCGAGCCCGUGCAGCUGACCCCAGACGAUGAGGAUGCCAUAAAGAGGAUCGACCAGUCAGAGUUCGAAGGCUUCGAGUAUAUCAACCCAUUAUUGCUGUCCACCGAGGAGUCAGUGUGAGGCCGCGUGCGUCUCUGUCGUGGACACGCGUGAUUGACCCUUUAACUGUAUCCUUAACCACCGCAUAUGCAUGCCAGGCUGGGCACGGCUCCGAGGGCGGCCAGGGACAGACGCUUGCGCCGAGACCGCAGAGGGAAGCGUCAGCGGGCGCUGCUGGGAGCAGAACAGUCCCUCACACCUGGGCCCGGGCAGGCCAGCUUCGUGCUGGAGGAACUUGCUGCUGUGCCUGCGUCGCGGCGGAUCCGCGGGGACCCUGCCGAGGGGGCUGUCAUGCGGUUUCCAAGGUGCACAUUUUCCACGGAAACAGAACUCGAUGCACUGACCUGCUCCGCCAGGAAAGUGAGCGUGUAGCGUCCUGAGGAAUAAAAUGUUCCGAUGAUGUGGAA